AUGAAGUUCCAGAACACCGUUGCCGCGCUCGCGACGGCUGGCCUCGCGGCCGCUCACGGCCAUGGCCACGCUCACGCCCACAAGCGCGCUACUGAAACCGAGACCGUUUCGGUCCCCGGCCCAGUUGUGUAUGAUUUUGUCGUUUUGGACCCGUCUAAGUCCAGUGGCCCUCAGUCGAUCACCAUCGAGGAAGCCUGCAAGGGUCUCGCGAACCAUGAGUUUGAGUGGCUGGACGCUGCCGUUGCUGCUGCUUGCCCGUCUAGCAGCUCUAGCAGCUCCAGCACUGCCGCGCCCACGUCGACUUCCACAUCGACUUCCACGCCGGCCCCAACAACAACCGCUACCGUUGCCCCUGCGAUUCUCCAAGUGACCUCGGCUGUUAUCACCCCCGCCAGCUCGACGAGCACAGCUGAAUCAACCUCUAGCUCGACCACAACCGCUGCUGCAACCAAGAGCUCUUCCAGCUCAAGCAGUUCCAGUGCCACCGGCCUCACCGCCGACUUCCCAGAUGGAGAGAUUGACUGCGGUGACUUCCCUUCGGCUUACGGUGCUAUCGCCCUUGACUACCUUGGUCUUGGUGGUUACUCGGGUAUCCAGUACGUCACUAUCCUCGAUGAGGUGGUCAGCGAUAUUGUGACUGCCGUUACCGGCGAUGAGUGCCACCACGGUGCCAUGUGCUCGUACGCUUGCCCCCCUGGAUACCAAAAGUCCCAGUGGCCUACUACCCAGGGUAGCACCGGCCAGUCCGUUGGUGGCCUCCAGUGUAAGACCGACAACAAGCUCUACCUCACCAACAGUAACUACAAGCAGCUUUGCAUUCCUGGCGUUGGCGGUGUCCACGUCAAGAACAAGAUGUCCGACAACGUUGCCGUUUGCCGUACUGAUUACCCUGGUACCGAGUCUGAGACCGUUCCUCUCUCCGCGUCCCCUGGCGUUAUUCACGACCUGACUUGCCCCGAUGGUGACGACUACUUCCUCUGGGAGGGCAAGGUCACCUCCGCCCAGUACUAUGUCAACCCCAAGGGCGUGUCCACUGAGAAGGGUUGCCAGUGGGGUGAUGGCAGCGAGUCCAUCGGUAACUGGGCUCCCAUCAACCUUGGUGUCGGUUACACCAAGUCCGGAAAGUUCCUGUCAAUCUUCCCCAACACCCCGACCACCAACAAGGCUCUCGACUUCAACGUUAAGCUCGAGGGUGACAACCUCAGCGAUGAGUGCCGUUACGAGGGUGGCAAGUUCUACGACUCUAAAGGCCUCAUCAGCGGAAACAGCGGCUGCACAGUCGGUGUCACCUCCGGCAAGGCCUACUACGUCUUCUACGACUAA